UAUACGGAUAUACAUAUAGACUCUGUACAUAUACAGAUAUACACAUAGACUCAGUACAUAUACGGAUAUACAUAUAGACUGUACAUAUACGGAUAUACAUAUAGACUCAGUACAUAUACGGAUAUACAUAUAUAGACUCUGUACAUAUACGGAUAUACAUAUAGACUCUGUAUAUAUUGUUACACAUGGCAGAUGGAGGGGAAGAUGAUUCUUUCUGUACAUUCCGGUGUGUUCUGUUUAUUUCUGGCAGUUUACGCCAUUUGCAGGCAGCGAUUAUUGGCAGAUGAAGGCGAUAAUCGGCUCUCAUGAUAUAAUAUAGAGGCGAUUACUGCUCCGGAUUCAGCACCUCGGUCAGCGCCUGCACGUGUAAUGUCUAUGGAGGCUGAGCCCCCCGCCCCUGCGCCUCAUUGGCUCUCAGGAGAGCCCCCCGGGCCCCUCGGUGUCCUCCUCAUCCCACCCUCCUCUUCCUCAUCUUCCUCCUCUGCUGAGUGGUAGCAGCAGAUGCUGGAGCUAAGACCCCUCCAACCUGCAGCCCAUUGCUGGUACCUCCAGUGCCCCCCUUACCUUCCUCCUCUGCUGUCUUGGAUUGUGGGAGACCCCCUGGAACUGGGGCCCCUCAUCCCCUCCAGGCAGCAGUCCAUCCCAUCAUCCUCUUCACACUAAUCCCCAUCAUCCUCCUCCAGUGCUGAGUGGUGGAUGUGGUCAGCCUCUCCUGGAGCCUCCAUUGCAGUGCCCACCCUGCUGCCCACUCUGCUGCCCACCCUGCUGCCCACCCUGCUGCCCAUCCUGCUGCCCAUCUGGCUGCCCACCCUGCUGCCCAUCCUGCUGCCCAUUGCUGGUGCCUCCAGUCUACUGACCCUCCUGUCCUGAGUGUGGGCCCCUCCAGGACCCCAGCAGCCUCUCCAGGAACCCUGCAACUGGCACCAUGAAUCUAAACUUCAACUCCCCAGUGCAUCAGGUGUCCACCCAGAGACCUACCUCAUUCUUUAUAGAGGACAUUUUACUGCACAAACCCAAACCCCUGCGAGAGGCAACGAGCAGCAGCCAUUUCAGUGCCAGUACCUUCACCUCCAGGGUGCCCCUUCUGGACUAUGGCUACCCCCUGAUGCCAACCCCAACCAUCCUGGCACCGCAUCCCCACCACCCACUGCACAAACCCGAACACCACCCCUUCUUCCUGGCCACCUCAGGUUUGCCCAUGCCCGCACUGUUCCCCCACCACACGGAGCUUCCGGGGAAGCACUGCAGAAGAAGGAAGGCCCGCACCGUUUUCUCAGACUCCCAGCUAUCCGGCCUAGAGAAACGCUUCGAGCUGCAGCGUUACCUGUCCACCCCAGAGAGAGUGGAGCUGGCCACCGCCCUCAGCCUGUCCGAAACCCAGGUAAAAACUUGGUUCCAGAACAGGAGAAUGAAACAUAAAAAGCAGCUGAGGAAGAGUCAGGAUGACAAGACCCCUUCAAAUGACGGCAACAUGGACCCCACCUCCAGCGACCCAGAACUGGGGGACAGCAGAGGGGACUCUGGGCCAGACAAGGACAGUAACCAGAGCCUGUACCUGAGGGAGGAGGCGGAUGAUGAUGUGGACAUCAUUGAGGAUGACAUGUGCCCCCCACACCUAUUAUAACCCCCAGUUAUGCAGGACACUUCCGAUAAAUCUAUGAACGGACAUAGUAGAGAGCAAGUGAGGGCAGCGGGGGCUCCUGAAGAUCCUGAAUUCUCUCCCCCCCCCUGUGGACCACCCAGAAAGCUUUUCAGUUCCCCCCUUAAAUACACCAGUAGGGCUAUGCAGACUGUAAAGAGCUGGUGAUUUCUGGAGACUACUCCCCCACCAUAGGAUGGACGGACCCACUAUACCCAUCAUGCCCCGGACUCCACGUUUAUACCCAAUAUGUGACGGACAAUUCCUUUCUAUAUGUAUAAUACAGAACAAUUCCUCUACAUGUCAUUUACAUAUGGAUCUCUAUGCACAAAACAUGUAGGACUGGUCACCAAAUCAUAUUAAACUGGUCAUUUCUACAUAUAUAGUGGACUGGUUAAUACUGUAUUCUGCUCUGGCCAUUUAUAUAGUGGAUUGGGUCUAUAUACUGGGCUUGUACUCUGUAUAUUGUAGACUGGUCCUCUGUAUAUACUGGUCUGGUCCCCUGAAUAUUCUCGAAUGGUCCUCUGCACAAUGUGGACUGGUUCCCCUGUUUAAUCUGGACUACUACUCUGUAUACUCUAGACUACUACUCUGUAUACUCUAGACUGCUCCUCUGUAUUCUCUAGACUGCUCCUCUGUAUUCUCUAGACUGCUCCUCUGUAUUCUCUAGACUGCUCCUCU